AUGGGUUCAUUAACUUCUCAAUCUAGUAAUACAUCCUUAGGUUCUCCAUUACGUUCAUUUCAUUCUGAUAUAUCUUCUAUUGAAACUUAUUCACUUGCUUCACUUAUAACAAUGAUUGAACAUUAUCAAAAUGCUCAUAUGGUUUUCAUUGAAUUUGAAAAUUUAUCUUGUGCUUGUUCAUUACUUCCAAAACAAUCAAUAUUAAUCGAACAAUUACUUGCUUUACAUCCACAAUUUGAUCGUCGUCCUUAUUUUCUUUUAGAACAAUCUUGUCGUGCUUAUUUUACAUAUUUACAAUUAAGUUAUACAAAUACUUAUGGAAAUGUCAAUGAGGAAAAAUCUAAUAAUAAUAAUAAUGAUGCACCAAAUAUUCUUGUUACAUUAUGUUUAUUAAAUGUACUUGUACGUUAUCCUCAACAAUUACGUUCGAUAGUUGAAAUAAUUCUCGUUAAUAUGACAACUGUAGCAUGGAAACAUCUUAUACCAGAAUUAUUUUCUCGUUUAAAUCAUCGGGAUAGUUUUGUUCGAGAUUAUGUAAGAAAUUUCUUAAUAGAUGAUCAAAGAUCACAAAAUGAAAUUGAAGAAGAAGAUGAAGAACUUGAAAAAAAUGAUGAUGAUGGUGAAAAACAAGAAAAUCUUUUAGCUAUACAAAAUAGUUUUAGACUUAUUUAUAAUGUACUUUCGGAAACAAAUGCAGAUGUUGAACAAUGGCACAACUUCAAGAAGAAAUUAGCCAGUUAACAUGUUUAUGCACUUAAAGAUGAACUUCAUCGUCUUCAAUCAAUGACACAUUUAACAAAAGCUGAAAAUGAAUUUUUAAUCAAAGAAAAACAAAAUGUUUUAUUUAAAUCUUUCAUUACAGUUCUUGAAGCAGUUAGUCAAAUAACACGUUCAUCUGCUCAAACACCACGUGAACGAACUUUUCAAAAAGAUUAUAGGUAA